UUAUUCGACGCAAGGCCCAGCAGACCAGACGAUUCAGGCCUCGGACUCGAGAGACAAGGUCUUCGGCCUCAUUGGCAUCAUCAGCGACUUUGGCCACAGGGAUCUUCUGAGGAAUGAUAGCCCAUGUAUGACCGGCCGGUAGAGCAGAUCUUCACCGAGUACACCAUCAAGUGCACCCGAGAUAAUGGGAAUCUCGACAUUCUAAGCGAUGUCGAAGACAGCUCGCUCCGCACAAUCCCUGGGUUGCCGUCCUGGGUUCCCGGCUUCAGCUUCCCGUUGACCCUGACCCAAUGGCUACGUGGAAGACAAGCAAGAACGAAGGUUUCUAAUCGGCAUCUCGGUUGCCAAGGCGGAUGGAGUGCUCAGAAUGGCGGUGCCGAUAUAGCCCUCGCAGGUUGCCCGAUUGGUGGGAGAUUCGCUCUCGCCAGCAAAGAGUCAGCGGCAGAAAACAUGAUCAUACACCAGCUUCAGGAGUGGGCGGCCAUGAUCGAGCCGAUGCCUGCCGACUAUCCCUCCGGAUGCCACAAGGCCCUAAUCCGCGAUCGCGGUGACGAAGACCAGUAUCCGGCUCCGGUCGAGUACGGCGAUUACUACGAGACAUUGCAGGAAUUGAUCCAGCUGAACCAAGACCUCGACCGGCGCAUUGAAUCGGGAGAGGACGGAGGUGCGGCGGCCAGAAUUCUCUGCCAGGGAUCUGGCAUUCACCCUGCGGACCUGCCACGGUUGAUGGCGGAGAGCGCCGAGUUCUAGAGGGCCAUGGCUGAGGUUAUGCUAGGUAGUAAGGCGACUGUUGGUGACGAAGAGAGGAUACAUCGGCGCUGGCCCGUCGUCUGUGCAGGUGGGAAUGCCGUUUAUGUCCUUCCUGGUGGACAUGUUCCGUUGGUUUUGCGGGCAAGAGUCUGGUAGGGCGGGAUAAUGACUCCAAUGUUCCUCUGCAGUUAGUAGGCGACUGCUAUGUCCACUGAAUGA